GGAAGUGCCGCGGCGGCCGCCCGCCCGGUGCUAGGAGCCGCCAGCCGGGCCUGGCCGAGCCCCGCGCCCGCCGCCCUGUAGCCCGCCGGCGCCCGGGCGGCCGCCUGUCCCACCCCGCCCCCGCCCGAGAGGAGGAGCCCAGGCCAGGGGGAGGAGGAGGAGGAGGGAGAGGUUUGCGAGAGGGAGCGAGGCCGCGCGAGCCGCCGGCGGUUCGUAUUACCGGGGUCGGGAGGAGGAGCCGGGCCGGGCCCGCGGGGGCGGCGCGGGGCAGGCGGGAGGCUGCCGGGGCGGCAGGCCGGAGGCGCGACGCGGUGCCGGGGGCUCCCGUCCUCCUCCGCCGCCCGAGCCCGGUGGCCAGGCCGCACCUGCGCGCAGGCCGGGCCGCCCAGGGCCGUCCCCGGGACCGGCGCCGCGGGCAGGUGGAGACGCGAGGCGCGAGGGGUGCGCGCGGCAGGUGAUGGUGGGCCCCUGGCCUCCCCGGGCCGCCCCCGCGAGGCGUUGGGGCGUCAGGCCCUAGGGCCGUGGGGCGCCCCCGCCCCCACCGGCAGCCCCUGCCUGCCCUGACGAUGCUGUGAUUGAGGCGUCAGGCUCUCCCUCCGGGAGGGGCAGUUGCCCGCGCUCUUGACCUCGGAGCCCAGAAAGUGGACCCGGCAGGAUGCUGUCCGAGCAAGCCCAAAAGUGGUUUCCAACGCACGUGCAGGUCACGGUGCUCCAAGCCAAAGAUCUGAAGCCGAAAGGCAAAAGUGGCACCAAUGACACGUACACUAUCAUCCAGUUGGGCAAGGAGAAGUACUCCACGUCUGUAGCCGAGAAAACCCUGGAGCCCGUGUGGCGGGAGGAGGCCUCCUUCGAGCUCCCGGGGCUGCUCAUGCAGGGGAGCCCGGAGAAGUACAUCCUUUUCCUCAUAGUUAUGCACAGGUCCCUGGUGGGGCUGGACAGAUUUUUAGGGCAGGUGGCAAUCAACCUCAAUGACAUCUUUGAGGACAAACAAAGAAGGAAAACCGAGUGGUUUAGGUUGGAAUCCAAACAAGGAAAAAGAGCCAAAAACAGGGGUGAGAUAAAGGUUAAUAUUCAAUUCAUGAGGAACAACAUGACGGCAAGUAUGUUUGACUUGUCAAUGAAGGACAAAACAAGAUCUCCUUUUGCAAAAUUAAAAGAUAAGAUGAAAGGUAGAAAAAACGACGGCACAUUUUCUGAUACAUCUUCUGCAAUCAUUCCAAGUACUCACCUGCCUGAUGCCAGUACUGAAUUUUCAAGUGGUGAAAUCCAUAUGAAAUCCAAACCCAAGAAGCCUUUCCUUUUGGGGCCUCAGCGUCUCUCUUCAGCACACUCGAUGUCCGACUUAACCGGGUCCCACAUGUCCUCUGAGAAGCUGAAGGCGGGUGUGGUGGGCCCCACGCAUCUCCUGGGACGCCGCAUGGAGGCCUUUGGCGUGGUUCCGGAAAGUGGAAGUCUCAAAUCUCCGCACAGAAGAACGUUAAGCUUUGAUACUUCUAAAAUGAACCAGCCUGACAGUGUUGUGGAUGAAGGUGACGCGGCUUUCGAAAGACAGAAUGACCCAUUUACAAAUGUGACUGCCUCAUUACCCCAAAAAUUUGCAACACUGCCAAGGAAGAAAAAUCCAUUUGAAGAAAGCAGUGAAUCAUGGGACAGCAGCAUGAAUUUAUUUUCAAAAUCAAUUGAAGUGAGGAAGGAAAAUAAGAGAGAGAAGAGGGAGAAAGUUAGCCUGUUUGAAAGAGUGACUGGAAAAAAAGAUAGCAGAAGAUCUGAUAAGCUUAACAACGGGGGAUCGGACAGCCCAGUUGACUUGAAAUCACCCGGUGUAUUUAGUGAAAGUCGGCAGGACUACUUUGAUUAUGAGUCAACUAAUCCGUUUACAACAAAAUUCAGGGCUUCAAACAUAAUGCCAUCUUCAAGCUUUCAUAUGCAUCCCACAAGCAAUGAAGAGCUCAGGAAAAUCCCGGACAGCAACCCUUUUGACGCCACCGCAGGCUAUCGCAGUCUGACCUAUGAAGAGGUCCUGCAGGAGCUGGUGAAGCACAAGGAACUGCUGAGGAGGAAGGACACACACAUCCGGGAACUAGAGGACUACAUCGACAACCUCCUGGUGAGGGUGAUGGAAGAAACGCCCAGUAUUCUCAGAGUGCCAUAUGAACCGUCCCGGAAGGCUGGCAAGUUCGCUAACAGUUAAUAAAGCCAAGUGAGCUGUGUUUAUAAUUGGACAGAGAGAGAGGAAGGAGGACAAAAAGACAUUGUGAUUCAAAAGAAACUAUACCAUCAGACUCAUGAACACUGACCCUCGUUGUGGACACUCACCUGUUAAUAUCAGUAGGGCCUCUCCUCAGUGACCCGUGAAGGGAGCUCAGUCGUCUAAAGUCUGCAUGGAAGGGGACCGAUUGUCGCUGACCGAGCAGUUCUUAGGAUUCACUGAGGUGCUGGGCCAGCCCACUCCCGGGCCACGGGCCUAGAAAUAACUUCAGGAAUGCAUGAGUUAUUCCUCAGGAAUAGAUCUCCCAGAAGGCAGAGUUGAUACUGUGGUGGCGUCGCAAGCCGGUUCACAGAUGUUUUGCUUCAGGAAUACUGCUCAUAACACUACUGAAAUACCGGUUCAUGUUUUAUAUGCAGAGAUGUCCAUGGAUCUAUGUUCAUGUCUCUGUAUAUAAAACAUUUACAUAUACCUCAUGUAUACAUGUGUUUUUAGAACAUUCAGAAACAACUGGUUGCCUCUAAGGUGGGAAACUACAUGUGCUCCAUUGACGGGAGCCAGGUGUGCCAUUCCUGGUGCCGUUCGCUAGCAAGAGGUCGCCUCCCGUGGCACAUGGCGGUGCCUUUGGGAGCCUGGGUAUCAAGACAAGCUACUGGAUGCCGAGCCAGCAUCCAGUUUACACUCUGCAAAUGAACUAAAUGCCUUUUAAAAAGAGUGACAGAUUUUUUU